CACUCCUCCUGCCUGAACGGCGGCCAUGUUCCCUGGCAGUUGUUCCGGUACCUUGCUAGCAAACUAGCACGAUUAAGCACAAGGCAGUGUCUUCUUUCGGGCACUGCACCAACUCUUCUCCGCCUCCAGAGAUUGGUCGAUCCUCAGCGCACUCCGCCAGCGGGAAGACGGAGAGCGGAACCCGCAACUUCCCACCAUCUCAGAUGCUUUCUGAAACACGGGCUUAAGCCACCACCAACCACAGCCUCUUCCUCCUCAUCAGUGCUGCAACAUAUCGGCGACCUUUUUUUCCGAUUAUGCUAGCUAGCUAACUAGCUAGUCGGGAAAACGAAGAGAUUUUUUUCUUGUGUAUUUUUUUCCUUUGGGGUGCUCAUUCGUCUUGGACUAUUUUCACAACUUCCCGGCUAUAGAUACGGACCUUACCCGACGGUUACUGGUUAUUGAAAUAAACUUCAUUGCCCAGAGUGGGGGUUGUGACUGGUUGGUUAGCGAACUAUAUCGCCAGCUAGCUAGCUGCCUAGCCUUGUUUUGUUCUUCCUCCGCUGUUGGUUGGUCAAGUUCCACUUGGGCUGGCCUAAAGUGUGAAUCCCCAGGCUCGAUUUGAAGACUUUAACCGGAGGAUCAGCCCUGCCUUCGUUUAUGCACGUUUUAUGACAGUGCCCAGCUAACGUUGGCUGGCUAUAUUCUUCCUCCGGACACGGAACUGUCUCAGCUUUCCUUCGUCAAGAGAGGGACAGCCAAGUUAUCUGGCUUUUGUAGCUGACGUUGUUUUUUAAAGAGUCUCCUGAAUGUGUUUAUUUUUAUGAUAAAGCUAGCCACCUGUUUGCUAGCUUGCUAUUUAAGUAUUUUGUCAAGAUAUGAUUAUUUUCACUGACGGCUGAAAAACUUCGGCUAGCUAGUUAGCUGCUAGCUAGCUAGCUACAUCCCUCGCCAACGGACACGGACGGCUGCUAGCUGCUAAUGAGGAAUUCAACUUGUUGAUCACAUUAUAGCUAAGCUAACAAGCUACUUUUUUCCGGACUGACAUUGAAGACAAAUGUGCGUCAGAUUCUGAAAGGUUUCGUGACCCCCCUAUCCCCCUCCCUUUUGAGAAUUUCUUAAAAUGUCAGCGCGGACGCCAUUGUUAACAGUCAUUGAGCAUUCAUCAGACCAGUCUCACUCAGAAUCCAAAGCGGGGGGGCGACCCAGCAUGCCGCGAUGCCGGAACCUGGUUGCUACGACGGCAGACGAGCAGCCGCACAUCGGCAACUACCGGCUGCUUAAGACCAUCGGCAAGGGCAACUUCGCCAAAGUCAAACUCGCCCGCCACGUGCUGACCGGGAAGGAGGUGGCAGUUAAAAUCAUAGACAAGACCCAACUCAACUCCUCCAGUCUCCAGAAGCUGUUUCGUGAAGUGAGGAUCAUGAAGCUUUUGAAUCAUCCCAAUAUCGUUAAGUUAUUUGAAGUCAUAGAGACAGAGAAGACGCUGUAUCUUGUAAUGGAGUAUGCCAGUGGAGGUGAAGUGUUCGAUUACCUCGUCGCUCACGGCAGGAUGAAAGAGAAGGAGGCUAGAGCCAAAUUUCGACAGAUCGUUUCAGCGGUUCAGUACUGUCACCAGAAGUGCAUUGUACACAGAGACUUGAAGGCAGAGAACCUGCUCCUAGACGCAGACAUGAACAUCAAGAUCGCAGACUUUGGCUUCAGCAACGAGUUCACGCUGGGAAAUAAGCUGGACACCUUCUGCGGCAGCCCGCCCUACGCGGCCCCGGAGCUGUUCCAGGGGAAGAAGUACGACGGGCCCGAGGUGGACGUGUGGAGCCUGGGGGUCAUCCUCUACACCCUCGUCAGUGGCUCCCUGCCCUUCGACGGACAGAACCUCAAGGAGCUGCGUGAGAGGGUGUUGAGGGGCAAAUACAGGAUUCCUUUCUACAUGUCCACAGACUGCGAAAACCUCCUCAAGAAAUUCCUCAUUCUCAACCCCACCAAGAGGGGCAGCCUAGAGCAGCAGAUCAUGAAAGACCGCUGGAUGAACGUGGGUCACGAGGACGAGGAGCUGAAGCCCUAUGUGGAGCCCCAGCCUGACUACAAGGACCCCAAGAGGACAGAUGUGAUGCUGCAGAUGGGCUACUCUCAGGAGGAGAUCCAGGACUCCCUGGUCAACCAAAAAUACAACGAGGUCAUGGCCACAUACCUGCUACUGGACUACAGGAACUCUGAGCUGGAUGAGUGCAUCAACAUGUCAAUGAAACCCCGCCCAGGAAAUGACAUCACAAACAGCAAUGUCCAGUCCCCGCCUCACAAGGUACAGCGCAGUGUCUCCUCCAAUCAGAAGCCCCGGAGAGCCACCGACCAAGGCUCCUCCUACUCCAAGCGUUCCCAGGGCGACAGUAAGCACGCCCCAGAGGAUCCUGGGAGGAAAGGCUCCGGCAGUUCUGCCAAAGUGCCCCCCAGCCCCCUCGUCCCUGGUGACCAUAAGAAGGGCAGCUCGACCCCCUCUUCUAACAGCGUCCUGACGACUGGUACGAGUCGGAACCGAAACUCCCCCGUCACUGAGAGAGCCACGCUCGGGGUACAGAACGGCAAGGACAGCCUGAACACUCCAGGGUCCCGAGCCUCCACCGCCUCGGCUGCUGCUGUCCUCUCCUCCACCUCCCGCCCCCGACACCACAAGUCCCUGUCCACCUCCGCCCACCCCAGCCCCCCCGACCUCCACGCACUCCAGCCCAGCAACCCUCCUCAAAGAGUGCCGGUGGCGUCUCCCUCUGCCCACAACAUCAGCAGCUCCACUGUGACGGACCGCACCAACUUCUCCAGGGGGGUGGCCAUCAGAAGCACUUUCCACGCUGGCCAGCAGAGGGCGAUGCGUGACCAGCACGCCUCCGCCUGCAACGGUCCCCCGGCCUCUCCCUCCCUCUCCCACGGGAACAGCCAGGCCCGCCGUCCUGGGGCCACAGGCAUCUUCAGCAAGUUCACGUCCAAGUUUGUGCGCAGAAAUCUCUCGUUCAGAUUCCCAAGAAGGAGCCCGUAUGAGGGAGAGGGUCGGGAUGAGGCGAGCAGGCCAAUGCUGAGCACCGCCGACAAGAGGGACAAAGGCCCAGGCGGCACGCUAGGCUCCGUGGGCGACGAGAACAAGGACUCGCUGUCCCCGUCGCCCGUCCCCAGCACGCCCACCCCGCCCCAGCACCAGCCCUCCAAGGACUCGAAGCCGCGCUCCCUGCGCUUCACCUGGAGCAUGAAGACCACGUCCUCCAUGGAGCCCAACGAGAUGAUGAAGGAGAUCCGCAAGGUGCUGGACUCCAACAGCUGCGAGUACGAGCUACGCGAGCGCUUCAUGCUGCUCUGCGUGUCGGGCAACCCGGCGCGCGACGACUUCGUGCAGUGGGAGAUGGAGGUGUGCAAGCUGCCCCGCCUCUCCCUCAACGGCGUCCGCUUCAAGCGCAUCUCCGGUACCUCCAUCGCCUUCAAGAACAUCGCCUCCAAGAUCGCCAAUGAGCUCAAACUGUGAGGGACGGGGGGAAACAAGCCAGCAGGGCAGAGAGAGAGAGAGGGAGGGAGGAGGACUAAAACCUGGGGAAGUGGACACCGGGAGAGAGGGGGGCUGUUUGCAGGAGUGGAGGAACUCGAGCUUUGAGAGACCAGGACAACGGAGAGAACUGAAGCUUUUUAAGAGAGGUGGAGGUUUGAUUUAUGGAAAGUGCAUAAACUUGACAGGGCAGAAGAAGUUGGGAGAGGUUUCUGGGGCAGGUGUGUGUACAGAUUUUUAGGGGGUGGUUUGUUUUGGGGAGGUGUUUUUCUGUUUGGGUUUUCUGUCCCCCCUCCUCCCCUUUCUUUUUUUUUUUGUUGUCCUCUUAUGUGGCUAUUUUUGUGUUUUCCCUGGUGGUCUUUAUUAAACCUCAUGUCUCAUUUCAGUUAGAGUGGAGUGAUGAGGAAAUGGAGAGGAAGGGGAGAGAGAAAUGAACUGAUCAACAGAAUGUGGGUUUCCUGUUAUAAGUUAUAAACUCAAACCAGCUCCUGUUAGUGCAAGUUGUAACCUUCCCCCACUCCUUCCCCUCCCCUAACCCAAAUGAUGGUGAAGUACCAUACUACUUGAGUAUCGUACUCCUUAUUCCAGGUGUGUACUGCAACCGGACUGAGAGCGCUGCAGUUUAACACUCUGAAUGUACAACCGCAGUGAUGCGCAAGCAAGCCUCAGUUAGCAACUUACUGGGCGGAGCUAGCAGUGACUCAUUUUCAAUUCAAAGGGCUUUGAUUGGUUCAAAUCACAUAAUUGACAACCUAUGGCAGCUCCGCCCAUUGAGUGUUCCAUGAGGCUUGAGUCCAUCACUACAGCACAUACAGGGUCUUACCUGAGGAUAAACUGAGAGUUUGGAUUUGAACCUGAAGUCUUCUAGUUAUGAGCUGUCACGAUUCUGCCCUCCUCCCCCACAUUUCUUUUCUACAGCAGGGGUUAUUUUUUUCUGAAUAACUAAUUAAGGGCCAAUUAAGUAAUUAUUGGUGGAUUGUAUUGUAAUUAAGAGUUGUUGGUUGGUUUCAAAGUGCUGCACUGGAGUGAGUCAGAGUUUUGUUGCCUUUCUGGAGAAAAUUAUUAAUAUUAUAAGAAUAAACAAAGUUGAAUGAUUGUUUUUGUUUUUGUGUUUUGUUUGGUUGCAUCUCAUUUUUGUAUAGGGAAAUGGAACCUCCUGUUAUACCCCUCAACCUUCCGUAAAGCAAUUUAGCCGAGUAGGAGUGGAAAUAUUCCUGAAAAAAUCUUUAAACGUUUAUCACUGGAAAGAAAGAAGGGUCCUAUUUUGAUUUUGAUCUCUUUUUUUAGCUGUUGAAAAAUCCAUUGAUUCAGCUCUUUGUAUUCCUUAUAAUCACUUAACGGUCAUUGUGACAGCCAGCAACAUGGCUAGGUAACUAUAAUUUAUUUAAAAUGUGGUUUGCUUUCCCCUGAUACUGUAGUUUCCUUAUCAUGCACUAGUCGCUCCAUAAAUUCCAGCUGCAAGUUUAGGUAUCUGAUACUGGUCAUGAGCACCUGGAAUUCUGGAGUUCAAAGGCUGCCUGUUCUUGAUUUGCGGGAAUGUAUGUGUGGAUAUAGCUUUUCAACAUUAUUUGUAUAAAAUCUGGUAAUGCACACACUCCUCUUCAGCAUCAGCUUGUGCUGUUACAGACAAUGAUGAAAUCUGCUGUAAAGUAAAAACCGAGAGAUGCCCAAGGUCUCCCCAGCGUCUUCCUGCUUGAAACCACAUGGUUUUUCCUGAUCAGCCAGGGGGGGGAAAUGCAUUCCCAGGACCGGACAAGUUAACCGCUUACCACUGACUCCAUGAACUGUACAUCAUGCAUGUAGAUGUAUUGUAUGUGGCUUGCAUCCCACACCUGCUGCUGAUGCGUGCACUUUUUCUUACCAGGGGAAGGACAGCUCCUUUUCUUGAGGUCGUGAUCUGAGAAUGAAACCUCUGGCAGUCUUGGUUUUAUUGCUUGAGGAAUCCCUUACGUUAAGACGGAAUUGAGUGAAUGAGUGUCCUCAUUCAGCAAUUUUUUUUCAGGCGCACUGAUACCGUUUGCACUCAGAACUGGGAGUUGGGCUUUAAUUAAAAAUGAUUCAGUGAAGGCAAGGACACAGCGAGGCAGGCGAUUCCGGGCCCUCAGGUAGACUGAGCACCUGGAGAGAAGGCCGACUGCGAACAGGACUGAACAUCCCUGAGAGGCAGGAAGUCUGCCGGCCACCAGCCCCCCCCCCCCGGACCCACAUGCUGCUUCAGCUCCCGUCAACAUCGCCUGCUUUACAAUCGAGACGCGUUUCCAGCCAGCACUCCACGGAUUGCACCCUCCUCCAUCUCAGUCUGAGCCAGGCACAGUCACAUGGCUUGACUCAUGGAAAUAAAAAAAAAAAAAAAAAAAAAAAACUUUU